UCGGCCUGGCGUGGCAUGGUCCGGCCCGGCCCGGCCUGGCCGCGCUGCCGCCGCGACCCGGCGAUGCCAUGCUGAGACCCGAGAUCUCCGCAUCCUACCAGGAGAAAUUCCAGCAAUUACGAGUUGAGAGCAUGUUUGGAAAUUGAACCACUGUUUUAACUACACAGCUGAGUGAAGAUGUGGAGCGAGCGUCUGAAAACCCAACAGAUGAGAGAGAAGGAGAGAUGGAAGUGCAUGAAGAUGCCAGCUCUGUUAUUCUACCAGAUAGUGAACUGGGCACCACUGCCCCUUCUUUGCGUUUCAGCAAGACCUGCCUAAAGAAUGUUUUUUCAGUAAUUCUCCUGUUUAUUUAUCUGCUGCUCAUGGCUGUAGCUGUGUUCCUUGUCUACCAAACCAUCAGUGACUUCAGGGAGAAGCUCAAGCAUCCAGUGAUGUCUGUCUCUUACAAGGAAGUGUCCUUGUAUGAUGCACCUGGUAUUGCCUUUUAUCCAGGCAAGGCUCAGCUGCUGAGCUGCAAGCAUCAUUACUAUGAUCACAUUCCACCUCUGAUUAAUCCAGGUCAGCCAGGAGACAUUGACUGCACCACUCGGAGAAUCAACUACACAGAUCCUUUUACUAAUCAAUCUAUGAAGUAUGCUUUGGUUGUUCAAGGCCCUCGUGAUGUGAAGAAAAAGGAACUGGUGUUUUUGCAGUUUCAUUUAAAUGGAACAGACCAGGAUUUUAGUGCCAUUGACUACCUUCUGUUCUCUUCUUUCGAAGAGUUCAUCAACAGUCCAGAAAAAGCAGAAUUCAUGAAGGACUGUGAAAGUUCAUAUUCCAGCUGGAAGUUUUCCGGAGGCUUUCGAACUUGGGUCAAGAUGUCCUUGGUGAAAACAAAAGAAGAAGAUGGCAGUGAGACUGUUGAAUUCAAACAAGAGACCAGCGUGGUGAACUACAUUGACCAGGGAACUAAACCCAGAAGCGAUCAGCUGUUUUUUGUAGUAUUUGAAUGGAAAGAUCCGUUCAUACAGACUGUGCAAGAUAUUGUCACAGCAAACCCCUGGAACAUGAUUGCUCUCCUCUGCGGCAUCUUCCUCGCUCUGUUCAAGGCUGCAGACUUUGCAAAGUUAAGUGUCAAGUGGAUGAUCAAAAUCCGCAAGAGACAUCUGAAGAGGAGCCAUCAAGCGAGGAACCACAUAAACUGAGCCUCCACAGGCUGACCUUGGACUGCUCACAGCAGAGGGGAUAGAGAAUAACUGGAAUAAGCUUCCGUCAGCACUGACAGGCAGAGAACACGGAUGUAUGUUUGCUUCCAGACAAGCCACAGCUGGACGAGCAGCCUUGGACUUCAGAAAGGAGCUUCCCUCUCAGACAUGUCUAACCAACUCACGCUUUUCUUCUCCUUUAACAAGUGUACCUCAGGCUAUGGGGGACCUGGGGUAGAGGAGAGAAUUCAGCCAUGGGGAGAACAUCAACUCUCCAGUGGCUGAGGUUUCAGAAGAGGGGCAGUGUUUGAAUGCUGCUCAGCACCGGUGAGCAUUCAGGUGCUGCAGGAGCUGGGUUCCACAGGUGCUCCCCUCAGUUACUGCUGGGACCAGGAGCAGCGGAAGGUAAAGCACCCAACAGGAGUCUGUCCUCCCCUCCCCAAAGUGUGCAUUGUAACAAAAUACACUGGAAUUCUAUGACACGGUGGUUUGGAUUUUGAGUGACUUUAAUAUUAAACCAUACUUCCAAGA